CCAUCUAUCUCUAUUAUUAUUAUUAUUAUUACACACAAAAAAACACACACAGAAAGAAAGAGUUUCAUUUUGGUGGUCGUUAUGGUUAAAAGGAAAAGAAGGAGACUCAAAUUGUUAGCGUUAACGUUUAGGGAUACAAGAGCUGUUUCGAAAAAGGGAAAUGUCAAUGAGGGGGAGGAGGUUCAGGAUCAAGAGGAAUGGUCGUCUUUUCUUCCAGUCGAACUCCUUGAAUAUAUAAUAUCACAGUUAACUUUAAAGGACAACAUUCGCACAUCUGCAGUUUGCAAAAGAUGGUUAUCAGUAGCUUUAUCAGUCCGGGUAGCCAACAAGCCACCAUGGCUUAUGUAUUUUCCAAAGCUUGGUGACCGGUUUGAGUUUUAUGACCCGUCACAGCGCAAAACAUACUCACUUGAGUUACCUGAGUUACAUGGAUGCAGGGUUUGUUAUAAUAAAGACGGGUGGUUGUUGCUUUAUAAGCCAAGAACACAGCGGGUCCUUUUUUUUAACCCCUUUACUCGAGAAAUGAUUAAGUUGCCUAGAUUUGAGAUGACCUAUCAAAUUGUUGCAUUUUCAACGUCGCCUAAAUCUCCUAGCUGCAUAGUAUUUACAGUUAAACAUGUUAGUCCCACUGCUGUUGCUAUCAGCACUUGUCAUCCAGGAGCCGCAGCUUGGACUACUGUCAAUUACCACAACCGGUUGCCAUUUGUUAGUAGUAUUUGGAAUAAGCUUGUUUUUUGCAACGGACUAUUCUAUUGUUUGAGUCUAACGGGGUGGCUGGGGGUAUAUAAUCCAGUUGAGCUCACUUGGACCAUCCGUAUUGUGCCUCCACCAAGGUGUCCAGAUAAUUUCUUUGUUAAAAGUUGGUGGAAGGGUAAGUUUAUGGCUGAGCAUAAAGGGGACAUCUUUGUUAUAUACACUUGUUACAGCGAAAAUCCUAUUAUAUAUAAGCUGGAUCAGGCCAAUAAAGAAUGGGUUGAAAUGAAAACACUUGAAGGCGUGACCUUAUUUGCCAGUUUUCUGUCAUCCCAUGCUAGAACUGAUCUUCUUGGAAUGAUGAGGAAUAGCGUUUAUUUCUCUAAAGUUCGUUUCUAUGGCAAACGGUGCAUAUCAUACUCUUUAGAUCACCAUAGAUACUACCCCCGGAAACAGUGUCAUGAUUGGGGAGAACAAGAUCCGUUUGAGAGCAUAUGGGUCGAACCACCUGAAGACGUUUCGACAUUCAGCUGGGAAGAUUAAUAAAGAAGACGAAUCGUGACCUAUCUGGAGGGGAGUCUACGGAAUAAGAAACUACCAGAAGUUCAUCGCCGGUAUCUUCGAACUCAAUAAAGAUCGAAUCUAUCAUGAGAAUAAGAGGAGAAAUUAUGUAUUUAGGACAUUAAGUAAAAAUCCUAGCACAUAUUGCAUGUUUACUAGCAUAUACAGUAGUAAAUUUUGUAUCUGUAAUAGGCAACUUAAUGUAAUGAUUUUCACCUAAUAAUCCAUGAAAUUGCUUGAUUAAACUAGAAA